AUGUCCGCCCGUCUUUUCUCGAAUCGCCUCCGCUCUUCCCUCCUCGCUCGGAGGCCGCAAAACGUCCAGGGAUUCUCCACCCGGAGCAACCUCCGUGCCGCUGACCACGGUGACCACUACGAUCCUCCUACCGGAUACCUUUUCGGUGUUAAGCCGGGUCAGAAAUAUGUGAAGGAAGGCUGGGAGAACCUUUGGUACUACGGAUUCAUUGGAAGCUUGCUCGUUGCCGGUGUCGCAUAUAUCUUCAAGCCGGACUCUUCGAUACAAACAUGGGCUCUGGAAGAGGCACGGCGACGACUGGAAGCUGAGGGCAUCCUGGAGGACCCAGACAAGGCUCAAAGGAAGUAG